GAGACGCCGUCCCUGCAUGAACGCCGCCGCCAUGUUCGCGUUUCUAGGCCACCGCCGCUCCGCCCUCCUUCUCCUUCUCCUCCUCCUCCUAUUCGUCACGCUCACGGCUGCCUCUCAUUCUCAGUCUCGGCCUCCGGACUAUGGCGAGGCCCUCGCGAAGAGCCUCCUCUACUUCGAGGCGCAGCGCUCCGGCCAUCUGCCCCACAACCAGCGCGUCGCCUGGCGCGACCACUCCGGCCUCAAUGACGGCCUCGAGCAAGGGGUGGACCUGGUCGGAGGAUACUACGACGCCGGCGACAAUGUCAAGUUCGGCCUCCCGAUGGCGUUCACCAUCACAAUGCUGUCGUGGGGGGUGAUCGAGUACGGCCAACAGAUCGCCGGCGCCGGCGAGCUGGCGCACACGCUCGAGGCCAUCAAAUGGGGCACCGAUUAUUUCAUCAAAGCCCACACCCACCCCAACGUCCUCUGGGCUCAGGUGGGCGAUGGGGACACGGACCACUACUGCUGGCAGCGGCCGGAGGACAUGACGACGUCCCGGCAGGCAUACAAGGUGGACGAGGACAACCCAGGGUCGGACAUCGCCGGUGAGACCGCAGCGGCGAUGGCGGCAGCCUCUAUCGUGUUCAGGGAAACGAACCCACAUUACUCCCACCUACUAUUGCGCCACGCUCGACAGCUGUUCGAGUUCGGCGACAGGAGGAGGGGGAAGUAUGACGCGAGCGUGGCGGCAGCGAAGGGAUACUACCCGUCGGUGAGUGGGUACGGCGACGAGCUGCUGUGGGCCGCGCUGUGGCUCUACAAGGCCACCGACGAUGCCGAUUAUCUGGCAUACGUGGUGGACAACGCCGCGUCGCUCGGCGGGAUCACCUGGGCCAUCGCCGAGUUCAGCUGGGACGUCAAGUUCGCCGGCGUCCAAACCCUCGCCUCCAUACUACUAAUGGAGGAAGGAGCAAAACACGAGCCGCACAGACGGAUCCUGGAACAGUACCGCGCCAAGGCCGAGCACUAUUUGUGCGCCUGCCUCAACAAGAACAACGGCACCAACGUGCGCCGCACCCCGGGCGGGUUGCUGUACGUCCGCAAGUGGAACAACAUGCAGUACGUGUCGAGUGCGGCAUUCCUGCUGUCGGUCUACUCCGAUCACCUCCGGGCGGCCGACCAGACGCUCGGCUGCAGCAACGGGGAGCGGGUGGGCCCGGAAGAGCUCCUCCGCCUGGCGAAGUCGCAGGUCGACUACAUCCUGGGCGACAACCCGCACGGCACGAGCUACCUGGUGGGCUACGGCGACAAGUACCCUCUGCGAGUGCACCACCGGGGCGCGUCCAUCGCGCCAUACAGGAAGAGCAAGGGGUUCAUCGGGUGCACGCAGGGGUACGACAACUGGUUCGGGCGGCGCAGCCCGAACCCGAACGUGGUGGUCGGGGCGCUCGUGGGCGGGCCCGACGAUAUGGACCGGUUCAGGGAUGAGAGGAAGAAUUUCAUGCAGACGGAAGCGUGCACUUACAACACAGCGACUUUGGUCGGGGCGUUGGCUAGAUUGAGUAGCUUAGAAUUGGAUGAUAUUGAUGAUGAGGGUGCUGACUCCUCUGACUUGUCAUCGCGUGCCUCAAUCUGAAAAAUUGCUUUUGGUGCUUUCAAGCUGUAUACAUGUUCAUACACACACAGAUAAAAGUUCCAGAGUAGAGA